CAAUAGGCCCGAUUCAGAGAUUAAUUCUGCGAUGAGCAAAAUCGGCGUUAUCCGAUCAGAUCGUUGAAUUGAAUCUUCGAGAAGACUCAAAAACUUUUCCAUUGAUUCAAUCACUCACCGGAGAAGAAGAAGAAGCUAUGCCGGUGUUUAAAGCUCCGUUCAAUGGCUACUCUGUGAAAUUCAGUCCAUUCUACGAGUCACGCCUCGCCGUCGCAACAGCUCAGAACUUCGGAAUUCUCGGAAACGGUCGAAUCCAUGUACUCGAGCUUGCUCCUGGAGCUCCCGGAGUAACCGAAUCCGUCGCGUACGAUACAGCAGACGCUGUAUACGACGUCUGUUGGUCAGAAUCUCAUGACUCUGUACUCAUCGCCGCAAUUGGUGACGGCUCAGUGAAGAUUUACGACACAGCUCUUCCUCCUCCUUCUAAUCCGAUUCGAUCAUUCCAAGAGCACGCGCGUGAGGUUCAAUCUUUGGAUUACAAUCCCACGCGCCGUGAUUCGUUUCUCACUUCUUCGUGGGAUGAUACCGUGAAGCUUUGGGCUAUGGAUCGUCCGGCGAGUGUUAGGACUUUUAAGGAGCAUGUUUAUUGCGUUUAUCAAGCGGUUUGGAAUCCUAAACAUGGUGAUGUGUUUGCUUCUGCUUCUGGAGAUUGUACUGUGAGGAUUUGGGAUGUUAGAGAACCUGGAUCAACUAUGAUCAUCCCUGGUCAUGAAUAUGAGAUUUUGUCUUGUGAUUGGAAUAAGUAUGAUGAUUGUAUUUUAGCUACUUCUUCAGUGGACAAGACGGUUAAGGUAUGGGACGUUAGGAGUUAUAGAGUUCCUUUGGCUGUGCUUAAUGGUCAUGGAUAUGCGGUGAGGAAAGUGAAAUUCUCGCCGCAUAGGAGGAGUUUGAUAGCUUCUUGUUCUUAUGAUAUGACUGUUUGUCUUUGGGAUUAUAUGGUGGAAGAUGCGUUGGUUGGUAGGUAUGAUCAUCAUACAGAGUUUGCGGUUGGGAUCGAUAUGAGUGUUCUUGUUGAAGGUUUAAUGGCGAGCACUGGUUGGGAUGAGCUUGUUUACGUUUGGCAGCAAGGGAUGGAUCCUAGAGCGAGUUGAUCAUUAGUAAGUUUGUGAUUGCAAAACAGUUUCCUCUUUAUUUGGUGUGGAAUUGGUUUGGUUUUGUCGAAACGAAUGUAGUUGGAAUAAAGUUGGGAUCUUGCU